AUGAGAGGUUCUUCGUCGGUGCAUAGGAAGCUCCCAAGCUUCGCUGAGCCCAUUCCCAAUGUGACAGUGGCAGCAGGACGAGAAGUGACCCUGACAUGCGUCGUGGACAACCUCGGCAGCUUCAAGGUCGCCUGGAUACACACGGACCGCCACAUGCUGAUCUCGAUGCACGACAACCUGAUCACGACCAACCCUCGGUACAACAUCGCACACAACGGCCACCGCACGUGGCAGCUGCACGUGCGCGACGUCGAAGAGGCGGACCACGGCGAGUACAUGUGCCAGAUCAACACCAACCCCAUGAAGAAGAUGAUGGGCUACCUGCACGUCGUCGUUCCUCCGAGGAUCGACGAUGAGAACACGAGCUCUGACGUGGAGGUGCGCGAGAACAGCGACGUGUCCCUGCGGUGCCGAGCCACGGGCACCCCCGAACCGGUCAUCAAGUGGAGGAGGGAGGAUGACGCACUCAUACUUCUCUCCGGAAAGAAAGGAGUGCCCAGCUAUCAAGGCUAGUACCUGAACAUGAGCAAAGUGACGCGGCUGCACAUGGGGCCGUACCUGUGCAUCGCCUUGAACGGCGUGCAGCCGUCCGUGAGCAAGCGUAUACUACUCAAGGUUGACUUCGCGCCCAUGAUUUGGCAGCCCAACCAGUUGGUGGGCGCGCCGCUGGGCGCCGACGUGACCCUCGAGUGCAACCUGGAGACGCACCCUCGCGGCAUGACCUUCUGGGAGCGAGACGACGGAACCAUGCUCAUCUCGAACGCCAAGUACGACUCGCUGGUGGUUGAGACCGGGCCCUACAGGCUCCUGCUGCGCCUCACCAUACGCGAUUUGAAGCCUGACGACUUCGGCACCUACAAGUGCGUCUCUAAGAACCCCCUCGGCGAGACCGAGGCCAACAUCAAGCUCCAAGAAAUACCUCGACCGACGUCUUCGACUGCGGCGUCCUCCAAAGAGUUUCAAACCAAGAAACACUGGGAGACAACCUCAACGCAGCAAUCCAAUGGACCUCGACAUCAUUUGGGAACUCACGCUUCAAACGCUCUGCUCAAAGAAGGGCGCCGAGGAGAGUACUCUACUGAAGAAGAAGGCACUCAAGGGUACCCUCCUCCAAACUUUAAUCAGGACUACGAGAGAUCCGCGGACAAAGACAGCGCGCGACCAUCUUCAGGUCACAACUCGGCCCUGCAAAGUCGUGCCACGUUUUCCGCAGUUGUCCUCCUGGUCGCAGUUUGCGCCUUGCUGCUUCGCGCCCAUGACGUCUGAUCACCGCUUUCAACGGCGACCGCCUGCAAUCAAGAACCACGCGUGUAUUGCUUCCAGACGCUGCGCGUAGCCAAUGUGAACAAAAAGAAAAAAACUGAACGAUGUAACGCGUCGCAAGGAACAGUCGCUUCUUUCUGUUCAUUCGUACCCGCCAUCAGCUUGGCUCGAGCUCAAAAUGAGGAAGACAAAAAAAAACCAAAUUCAGAAAAUGACCGGAACUAUCACCGUUAAACGUGCGACCUCUUUGCGAAAGAACUGAUGGACGCUCAGUGCAUGUUGACAACGGUACCUUCGGUGCUCCUCGCAUCUCAACAAGUGUCGCCGCGGGAGGACUCUGCAACCAACCGAGUUGUGAAAAGCAACAAGCUCCUGCGCCGAACAAAAAAUGAAGAGGACGACAAGUACGGUCGGUCUGCUCGAGUAACAUGCAUGGUACACCUGUGCCGCCUACACAGCCGACUCCUCCUCCUUCUACAACUCCUCAAAUAUUCUUUCUCACUCCCUUCCUCUGCAGUGUAAACAAGUGUAAACGACGUGCCAACUGAUGCCGACUCAAAGGAAAAGAACAAAGCAUGUUGUAACUGAGUAGUUGUUUUUGUUUGUUUUUUUGUGAAAUGGCAAACGCUUUGGUAGAACUGCACCGCUGUUUAGCUAGUUAUGCUGGAGUGUGUAAACUCGAGAGCUGCUGCUGUAGCUGCCUUAGUUUCGAGCUAAAGGAUAAAAAAAAAAUCGCGGAUAUCACACGCACUUAAAAAGAAGUCCGAACUAAAUGGUUCGUUUAAUAUACAUGCGUUUAUCUAUUAUCAUAUCUUUAUAAUACGGCGAUGUUAUCAAAAGCUAGAGAGAUUAACCAAAGCAGCCCAAUUUAUUUUAUAUUAGAUGUUAGUAAUCGGAGAUUACACGUAAUAUUUGCACGCUUUAUGAGAAUUUAUCUGCAGGAGGCUGUACCGUCGAACAAAAAAAAUAUUGCAACAUUAUCGCUAUUACGCUGCAUUCAACGAACUUUGAAGAUUAUGACGCAGCAAGGUCGCACAGUUUUGGCUCCAAAUAUGCUGUAAUCAACAUCUCUUGUCUCCUGCUAUCCGAUCUCGAAAAACGCAGUACAUAGCCAUAAUAAUCAAUAGGCAUAAGACCUACCAUUUGUAGGCGUACGGGUCAAAAUCGAUAGUACGAACAUCGUACGGCAGCAGCUUUCGACUUUCUUGCGUGUGACCGUGUGCUUUUGUUUUUAUGAAAGAGGGUAAGAAUGAAUUUUUGCGCUCUCAAAGCUCUGACAGUCUUUGUCGAAAGAUUAAACGGUGUCCUUGGCCAGCCUGAGCAUGCCCAUGCACAUACCUCCUGAAACUGUAAUUGUUUCAAAGAGCUGAAAGUAUACUGUCUUCUCCGAACUUCGCAUCGCCAGGCUUUCCAUAGAAUCUCAGCUGCAGAGACCAGUGGAAUAUCUCAGUCGCAGAGAGACUCCCUAACUUCUGACAAAGACUGUACCUGCUCAGAAAGAGGUCGCAGAAGCUUCGCUAUAAAACUGCUCUGAUGGGUUCAGGUUCUUGUUUCCUGUAUAGUUAUACAGAAGUCACACGAGUUGAUUGCGCUAUUUUGGUUACGAGACAUCGCGCAAGCAGUUUUCUUUGUUAUUCUGAGAAGGCUUGAUUUUCUCAGGUCCUUGUCUUUAAGAGGCUCAAUUUUAAACGGGAUGCUGGAACGCGGUGGUACUUAAAACGCACUAGCAAAAGGCCACAUAGAAUUUCUGUAGUACGACAGACGUACAAUGCAUUUUAGCUUCAGCGAGCCGCCGCUUGUACAUGCAGCCGAAUGGCGUCAUUGCAGGCAGCUGUAGACAUCUACAUCGUGCAUCACUGAUACUAUGGUGCAAUAUGCUUUUAAACGUGGUCCCAAAGAACCGACUUAUCAGCCGGCUCUAUGGAGCUAGAUAGCAUGAACCUUGUAUACAAUGCCGAAUUUGAAGCCAAUGCGCUUGUGUUUAGUUGCAGACACAACUUUUUAUUAUUGUUGAACGACAAAAAAAAUAACGCUUCUUACUGAGGCAGCCGGUGUUUAGUUUUUGUUCACUCACACAGGUAUAAAUAUAUUACGUGCUUUUGUGUUUUUGUACUAUCAACAGCAAAAAAUUUGCGGGGCGCGAAAUUUUUGAUAAAGCUAAAUUGCCGCUUUGUCUGUGCAGUGUAAUUUAUAAAUAAGUGUUCCAUACUGCACUUAGCAUUCCGACCUAUACAGCCGACCAGUUUCAUUACAAUCAUUAAGCACUGAUAUAGCAGAAAUUUGCAUUUCUUGUGGAUUCAACGUCACGCAAACAUUUGCUGUUGAUAGCACACACUGAAGUUGAAUUGUCUUGCGACGAAACUUUCUCAUUUAUUCUCACUUUGACAAUGCUGUCAUAUAAAAAUUAACUUACAUUAAAUACAGAAAACUCUUGUUUUCACAUAAGCCACUUCUUUUUCUUCAGUGUCGUUUUUUUCCUGCUCACUCGACUUACGAACAAGCAGCUUCUCCAUAUUUACUGCUUGGGUGACAAUAACGAGCUUUCGAAGAAAUAAAGUUGUACAGUACGUGGAGCUCAACAA